CGGUUUCUAAUAUGGCGAACGCUCAUGAAGUGCUGAUCCUAUGAACGCGGCAGAAUUCACCAAUCCUUAUGACGUGCUCGGCGUUUCAGCAAACUCCAGCCACGAAGAAAUCAAGAGAAGUUAUCAAAAACUUGUACUCAAGGUGCACCCUGAUAAACUAGAUGAAUCAUUAACCCAGGAAGAUCGUGACAAGGCCUAUGAAAGGUUUUUGGCUAUAGAUAAGGCAUGGAAACUCCUCAAUAACCAAGAAACACGAGUAAACCUUGAUAAACAGCUGAAAGAACAGGAUCUGUCUCAAGAGUGGCCAGUUAGUGCUGAGGUGGAUUUAGAUGACAUGGAAUAUCAUGAAGACUCUGGAAGCUUCUCAAGUGUUUGUCGAUGCAGUGGGGAGUAUGUGAUUACGGAGUGUGAUUUGGAAAAUGGACAUAACACUGUGUGUUGUUCAAACUGCACAUUGAGCAUCAGAGUGCUGUAUAACAUUCUUGCUGAUGAUACAAGAGAUGAUCACCAGGAAAUGGCAAACAGCUGAUAAUAUGAGAAAGGAUUUGUAGCUGAGUUUAAAUGACGUUAGAAUGUCUUCAUGAACUGCAUUGUGCAGUUGUAUAAACAACUGUAGUUUAUGCAGAGAUAAGAGAAUGUGCAAUACUUGCUGUAAUCUUUACAGCUAUCAUGUGAAUAGGCCAUUUUGCAGUGUGUGCUUAGUUACCUGGCCUAUGAAUGCAAGCGAGGCAGGAAGUGAGCUUGCUUUGAUACAGACCUCUCUGCUUUUCUCGUUUAAAUGCCAACUAUAGUGGAAACUGUCUUAACAGACACUCUUGUAAGCUCUAACCACUGAACUACAGAGAGACUCUUGUUGAGCUUAGCCAUUUGGCUAGGUUCAUUUAUCACACACGACGCUCUCAAUAUUGCUGAUCCUAGCAGUUAGCAGGACGUGUGUCACAUAUGAACCUAGUUCACCAAGAGUCCCUCCAUAGCUCAGUGAUAGAGCACCCAACCAGUAUCUGGAAGGCCAUAGGUUUGAAUCCUGUUGGGGACUCAGAUUUUUUCUUUUGUCCAAUGCUUGUGGCAACAUUUCUUUAUUAUCAUUUUAUUCCCCAAGCUGCAAAUUUAUCAUCUUUUAUUUAUCAAAUUUGAAAUGUGUCUGGCCAAAGAGAUUUGAAAGCACUUAAUAUGUCCUGCUACAACUGUGCCUAAUUAAAAAAAAUAUUAUUUCCAGCACUGAAUUUACAUAGAGUGAACUGCUUUUGUUAUGAAA